UCUCACGCUCUCACUCGCUCGUUCACUCACUCAGUGAGUCACUGUUUCCGAGUUGGAGAAACAGAGCUCUCAUCCCAUCCUUCAAUGGCGGACCCUGCGAUGUAAGGCCACCCACCUCGCCAUCAUCGACUCAAGAGAAGCAGGGCUCCGAUUCUCAUGUUGUUUAUAUUUUGAUUCACUGUCUCCAGCCACAAUGGCCGUUCCCCCCUCUCCAAAGAUCCGAUUUUUACUGGAAUUCCUUCUGGCCUCAGCUUCUGUUGUUGUUUUAGAGCCUUUUCGUCUGGUCUUUGAAAGAAUGGUUGCAAAUUUGUUGGGGAUCUCGUCUUCUUGCUUAAUCAUGGAGUAAAGCGCUGGCGUUUGCUGAAAUGCAGGUUCUAUAAAGGUUUAUUUUGUGGAAAUUUGAGCUUUUUGAGUGCCUUCUCUGUGUUCUGAGCUUUGGUUUUGCUUUAAUGGUGGAUCCUUGAAGAGCUUAUGUAUCUAUUUGGCUUCUUUCCUUCUGAUUUGAUCCAGCAGGAGAAGAGGACCAAGAAUUGCUGACAUCCCAACACUGCAAACUCUAAUCUUUGUUUUUUCCCCUUCUGGUUUAUCAUGGGUUACUUGAGGACGAGCAGCUUUUGUUUCACAUCUCUUCUUGUUUUUCCCCUCAUACUGUGCUUUCUUCUUUCUUUUGCCAUUGCUGACUUGAAUUCCGAUAAGCAAGCUCUCCUUGCCUUUUCUGCUUCAGUCCCUCAUAGCAGGAAACUAAACUGGAGCAAUGACACUCCGGUGUGUACCACCUGGGUUGGUAUCACUUGUUCAGCUGAUCGAACUCGAGUUGUCGCUCUUCGGUUGCCGGGGGUUGGGCUUAUUGGUCCAAUCCCUGUGAACACACUUGGAAAGCUUGAUGCUCUCCAAGUUCUGAGCCUUCGAUCUAACCGUCUUAUGGGAAGUCUCCCUCCUGAUGUUUUGUCGAUUCCUUCGUUGCAUAAUCUCUACCUUCAACACAACAAUUUAUCGGGAAAGAUACCUUCUUCACUUUCUUCAAGUCUUACCUUCCUUGACCUUUCCUAUAAUACUUUCGUCGGAGUAAUUCCAGCGGGAGUUGGAAAUCUGACCCAGCUUAGCACAUUGAAUCUUCAAAACAAUUCUCUUGUUGGGCCUAUCCCUGAUCUUCGAUCCUUAAGGUUGAAGCAUUUGAAUUUGAGCUACAACAACCUGACUGGGCAGAUACCGGUUCCCCUGCAAAAGUUUCCUAAUUCUUCAUUUCUAGGGAACUCACUCUUAUGUGGUCGGCCUCUAGCUCAAUGUACAGGAGUUUCUCCCUCUCCAGCACCUACACCAAUAUUGCCCCCGCCUGCAUUGCCUGAGAAACAUAAGAAAAGCUUUUGGAAGAGAUUAAGCACAAAAGCCAUAAUUGCAAUUGCUGUUGGAGGUGGAGUCUUAUUGUUUGUAGUUGCAGUUCUCAUCUUGAUAUGCAUUUUCAAGAGGAGACGUGGAGAUGCAAGCGGAACAUCAAAAGGCAAGGCUGUCAUGGGUGGACGAACAGAAAAGCCAAAAGAGGAGUUCAGUAGUGGAGUUCAAGAGGCCGAGAAGAAUAAGUUGGUAUUCUUUGAAGGAUGCUCGUAUAAUUUUGACUUGGAAGAUCUUUUAAGAGCUUCUGCUGAAGUCCUCGGCAAGGGGAGUUAUGGCACGGCUUAUAAGGCCGUGCUUGAGGAUGGGACAAUUGUGGUGGUGAAGAGGUUGAAGGAGGUGAUGGUCGGAAAGAGGGAGUUUGAACAACAGAUGGAAAUUAUCGGAAGAGUUGGACAGCAUCCAAAUGUCAUCCCGCUCCGUGCUUAUUAUUAUUCCAAAGAUGAGAAGCUUCUGGUUUAUGAUUAUCUUCCCGCUGGCAACUUUUCAACCCUCUUGCAUGGGAAUAAAACUGCCGGAAGAACUCCCUUGGACUGGAAUACAAGAGUGAAGGUUGCACUUGGAGCCGCUCGAGGCGUAGCUCAUUUACACUUAGAAGGUGGUGGAAGAUUCGCCCAUGGCAACAUCAAAGCCUCCAAUGUCCUCCUCACUCAAGACUCAGACGCAUGUGUCUCAGAUUUUGGCCUUGCUCCCCUCAUGAACAGUCAUGCAACGCCAUCCCGAAUCAUUGUUGGAUACCGCGCACCUGAAGCCAUUGAAACACGGAAGCACACUCAGAAAUCUGAUGUCUACAGCUUUGGUGUCCUACUCCUUGAAAUGCUUACGGGAAAGGCGCCCAUUCAAUCUCCCGGACGUGAUGAUAUUGUGGACUUACCAAGAUGGGUGCAAUCGGUUGUCCGAGAAGAGUGGACUGCUGAAGUUUUCGACGUUGAGCUCAUGAGGUAUCAGAACAUCGAGGAAGAGAUGGUUCAGAUGCUUCAGAUAGCAAUGGCAUGUGUUGCAAAAACUCCAGAUCAACGACCGAAGAUGGAAGACGUUGUCAAGAUGAUUGAGGAAAUCCGACAGUCUGAUACAGAGCCCCGACCCUCAUCUGAAGAAAAGUCGAAAGAUUCUACUGUGCAAACACCCUGAUUGUGAUUGAUUGAAGUUCGAUCUGAAUUGCAUUUUGUUGUGCAGAAAAUUGUAGGAAGUGAUCAUUCAAAUUCUGAGGCCUUCUCAGAAAAGAAAGAAAGAGUUAGGACCUCAACAAUGUGUCUCCAUUGUUUUUUAUUGCUUGAUAUUUGCUGUAACUGACCUUCUGCAUUUUUAAUAACAUAAUUUGGUCAAUGAUUUCUCAUCAUUGUAUUCAUUUUUCUGAUUU